AUGAAGAUAUACAUAAAAAGAAACAGAAGCCCCGCGCCCCCUUCCAUCGAAGCUCUCGCUGCGUUCAUCCAGCGGGUGCCGGCGGCGCCAGAAGGAUCGAUGGAGUUCCAGCCCGAGAGGGCGCCAGCUCUCGAGCAUUGCCGAGAGAUGGCGAUGAAGAUGGACAGCCAAGAGGACCUCGCGGACAUGGUUCGCUUUCGCAAGUGCCAGAGGAUCAAGUCCAAGUCCAAGAGCGGCGGCAGCAUGGCGAAGGCGCCGUUCCUGCCAGCGGGCGAACGUGGGCGACAUCCUGAAGGCGGCGCGGUCCACGCUGGCGUCUGA